GGUCAGGCGACCCGGGCACGGCACUGGGCCCCGACCGCCCAAGGGUGUUGUGGUGUAGGGGACUCCCAGGCUUCUCUGCCUGCUGCGGUCCGAGGACUGGAGUGCGGCGUGCACACCUCUUUCCUAGAGCCUUACAUUCUCUUUCUGCGGUCUUGCUCCAUCCGGGGGCGCUGCAGCCCGGAGUUAACGUGUUGCUACCCCCGCUGCACUUAACCGAGCCUCCCUCCGUAUUCCUUGCAGAGGGUGGAUAAUACCGCUGAAAGCAAACGAAUUAAUCCACGAUGGAAGGCGACGGUUAAUAGAGGUUUGGGUGCUUCUCUCGUCUGCGACUUUUUCGUGGAGCUUGUGUUCCCUGUGCUUAUCCGUCUAAUGUGGUAUUUUAUGUGGCUUUCCCUUCCAUUAACUGUGGUUUCCGUGGAGGCAGUGACUGAAUAAUCUCUUCAGAUCCUAGCAUUUAGCAGUCGCUCAAUCGGUGUUUGAUGUUUGAUGGUACGAUAAGGUACUACGUAAAGGAUUCAACUGUCUGUUGACAACCACGGUUCAGUGAAAAAGAGUGAGCAAAAAGGAGGCAAAGACAAUUUUCAGCUUGGGGACAGGGAGUAGAAAUGCCAUAUCCUCAAAUAGGGCACACUCAUUUGGUGGAAGAAUAGUAAAUUCUUCAUUUUCCAGGUUGCAUUUGAUGAGCUUGUGAGAGAUACUUGUGAUAAACAUCAGGAGGUUGAAAAUGUGGACUUUGUGUUCACUUUGGGCUAAUUAAGUCAGGGCUAGACAUUUCAGUCUAAUUGGUGUAUUAGCGAUUUGCUUGGUACCUAUAGUCAUGGGCAUGAUGAUUAGUCAAGACUUAGAUAGUUGAAGUGGCAAGGGAAAGAAAAUAGAGGAGUUGUCAGAAAAUUAGGAGAGGAUCCAGGAUUGACCUGUGGUGUGGAGUAAUCUCUAGUACAUUUAAAGGCUGGGAAAAGUUAAAUCAAUGGAGACAGGGUUAGAGAUUGCAGAUGUCAACGAAAGAGUAUUAAUAGACCUGGGAGAGUUUGGAGAAUAUUCCUUUCCUAACCUUGAAAGGAUUGGGGACAUGAAUGACUUCCUCUGAGGAGAUAAGGGAAUGAGGAUGAUUGGUAUGAAAAUUCAGGUAAGUUAGUUUUGAGACGGAAGUAGAUGACUGAGCUCACCUUGGCGGUGAACUUGGCAAUAUUGAAAGCUCAGUGAUUUGAGAACUCAGGUUGUUUGCUGGAUUUGUCAGUUAGGGUCCAGUCAAAAGUAGAAACCAUACAGUAUUUCAAAAAUAGAGAGGAUUUAAUAUGAAGAAUUGGUUAAAUAGCUGUUAGAGGAACAAAAAGUAAAAGCAGUGAAGUGACAUAGAAGGUAAACUGAAAGAAGCCGUUACAACACUUAGCUAGGGCUAGGGAUCAAAACAAGGGAAGAUGUUGAGGUUAUCAGGACCUAAACCUUGGAGAAGAGGCAUUAUGAAGCCUGACUCAGACUUCUGGUGUUGAUGUCUCAGGAAUUCAGAGGAUGAGAUCGGUGGAGCUGGAUUUCAGCUGUCUGGAGGGGCCUCUGCCUGAGUGGUGCUGGUACCUCUGGCUGGGGUGGGGGGUGAUGAGGCUGGACCUGUUGCUAGCGUGACAGGAACAGCAAGAAAACAGGAAAAAGUGAGUCCUCUGCUUUUCCCUUUACCUUCCCCCCACCCCCACUUUCUUUUCCUGAGGUCCAUGGACCCCAGGGCUCCACAGACUUGGGUAAACAAAAUCCAAGUUCACAAGGAGGGAUAUAGAGACAUGAUCUAUCUGAUCAGAGCAACAGUAACAGUAUGAUUAUUGUUAUAUAAACCAGUGUGAAAAACAGCUAGGAAAUUCUGCACAGCUGGCUCCUGUUGCUGUCCUCACUUAUUGUUACUCUAUCCCUUGCUUACUUCCCUCUAGCCAGACGUGCCAGCUAUUCUCUCAUCUCAAAUGUACUUAUCCUUUCAGAUCGAUGUCAGUGGGCAUUUUUACGAUGUUUAAAGAUGAAAGGUGUAAUUUUUACAUGCUUUGAAAAACCCAAACUCUAUAUAUAGAAUUCGAUUUAACUUAAAAACCUGCAUGAUAUGAUACCAAAUAAUUUCUAGAAGUUCUUGAAUGUAAAUGUCACCCAAAACUUACUAAAACCAUUGUCUGCCUUGAUUCUCUUCCUUACUUCCACCAUAUAUGAUCUUGCCUUCCUCUUAACCCACAUUGUAUGUUGUAGGAUUCCUAUUAUAAUGUACAUUAUCUGCUGUGGACUAUAAGGAUUGAUUCAUCUUUAUUCUUUCAAUGUCAUUUAUGUGAAAUGUCAAGAUGAGAGAGUUCACCUCACAUUAAAGUGACAAUAAGGCCAGUCUGGUCUGUGUAAUGGCCACCCCUACCAUAAGUUAGGGACUUGUAAUCAUAAAUCUUAAUGGGAUCUGGGUAUAAGUAUCUAGCACAUUAACACUUGUUUUGUUUUGUUUUUCCAUUUAGAUAGAUUUCAGUAUCCUCAAUUAUUGAUAAGUAUACACAAUGGGUCAGGUUGCUGCCACACAUCUAUAGAUGGAUGUGUGCUCAGAGAGGGAGCUUUUUUCCCUUGGUUAUUCUAACUACCACUUCUCUACCCCCUGAAUCAUUUCACUUAUGUAAGUGUGGUCAUUUCUCACUAUUAAGCUAUUCCUUUAUCUCUUAGGGAUUAAUGCUUCAUCAGGGAAUAUCUGUCCUUUUUUCUUGGGUAUCAUUUCAUCAUGCGAAAUCUGGAGUUACUUCGGACCUUGGAGUUCAGGAAUAUUCAAGCUCCAGGGAGACCUCAGUGCUUCUGUCUUCGAACUGAACAGAAAACAGUGGUCAUUGGCUCAGAACAUGGAUUGAUAGAAAUAGACCCCGUCAGAAGAGAAGUGAAACAUGAAAUUUCUUUGGUGGCAGAAGGCUUUCUCCCAGAGGAUGGAAGUGGCUACAUUGUUGGUAUUCAGGACUUGCUAGAUCAGGAGUCUGUGUGUGUGGCCACAGCCUCUGGAGAUGUCAUACUCUGCAGUCUUAGCACAUACCAGCUGGAAUGUGUUGGGAGUGUAGCCAGUGGUAUCUCUGUCAUGAGUUGGAGUCCUGACCAAGAGCUGGUGCUCCUUGCCACAGGUCAACAGACCCUGAUUAUGAUGACAAAAGACUUUGAACCCAUCAUGGAGCAGCAGAUCCACCAGGAUGAUUUUGGAGAAAGCAAAUUUAUCACUGUUGGAUGGGGCAAGAAGGAGACACAGUUCCAUGGAUCGGAAGGCAGGCAAGCAGCCUUUCAGAUACAAAUGCAUGAGUCUGCUUUGCCCUGGGAUGACCAUAGACCACAAGUUACCUGGCGUGGGGAUGGACAGUUUUUUGCUGUGAGUGUUGUUUGCCCAGAAACAGGGGCUCGGAAGGUCAGAGUGUGGAACCGAGAGUUUGCUUUGCAGUCAACAAGUGAGCCUGUGGCAGGACUAGGACCAGCGCUGGCUUGGAAACCCUCAGGCAGUUUGAUUGCAUCUACACAAGAUAAACCCAACCAGCAGGAUGUUGUGUUUUUUGAGAAAAAUGGGCUUCUUCAUGGACACUUUACACUUCCUUUCCUCAAAGAUGAGGUUAAGGUAAAUGACUUGCUCUGGAAUGCAGAUUCGUCUGUGCUUGCUGUUUGGUUGGAAGACCUUCAGAGAGAAAAAAGUUCCACUCUGAAAACCUACGUUCAGCUCUGGACUGUUGGAAACUAUCACUGGUAUCUCAAACAAAGUCUGCCCUUCAGCACCUGUGGGAAGAGCAAGAUUGUGUCGCUGAUGUGGGACCCGGUCACCCCAUACCGGCUGCAUGUUCUCUGUCAGGGCUGGCAUUACCUCUGCUAUGACUGGCAUUGGACAACUGACCGGAGCUCGGGAGAUAAUUCAAGUGACCUGGCAAAUGUGGCUGUCAUUGAUGGAAAGAGUGUAUUGGUGACAGUCUUCCAGCAGACUGUAGUUCCACCUCCCAUGUGCACAUACCGAUUGCUGCUCCCACACCCUGUGAAUCAAGUCACAUUCUCUGCACACCCUAAAAAGAGUAAUGACCUUGCUAUCCUGGAUGCCAGUAACCAGAUUUCUGUAUAUAAAUGUGGUGAUUGUCAAAGUGCGGACCCUACAGUGAAACUGGGAGCUGUGGGUGGAAAUGGAUUUAAAGUUUCCCUUAGAACACCUCAUCUGGAAAAGAGAUACAAAAUUCAAUUUGAGAAUAGUGAAGAUCAAGAAGUAAACCCACUGAAGCUCAGCCUUCUCUCCUGGAUUGAAGAAGACAUCUUCCUGGCCGUAAGCCACAGCCAGUCCAGCACACAGUGUGUCAUUCAUCAUUUGACUGUGGCCCCUUCUGAGAUGGAGGAAGAGCAAGGACAGCUCAAUGUCAGUUCGUCUGUGACGGUGAAUGGGGUCAUAAUCAGUCUGUGCUGUAGUUCCAAGACCAAGUCAGUAGCAUUGCAGCUGGCUGAUGGCCAAAUACUUAAGUACCUUUGGGAGUCACCUUCUCUGGCUGUUACACCAUGGAAGAACCCUGGUGGAUUUCCUAUUCAGUUUCCUUAUCCGUGCACACAGAUUGAAUUGGCCAUGAUUGGAGGAGAGGAAUGUGUCCUUGGUCUGACUGACAGAUGUCGCUUUUUCCUCAAUGACGCUGAGGUUGCAUCAAAUAUCACAUCAUUUGCAGUAUAUGAUGAUUUUUUGUUGUUGACAACCCAUUCCCAUACCUGCCAGUGUUUUUGCCUGAGGGAUGCUUCAUUUAAAACAUUACAGGCAGGUCUGAGCAGCAGUCAUGUGUCCAACGGGGAGAUUCUGCGGAAGGUGGAAAGGGGAUCACGGAUUGUUACUGUUGUGCCCCAGGACACAAAGCUUAUACUACAGAUGCCAAGAGGAAACUUAGAAGUCGUUUAUCAUCGAGCCCUGGUUUUAGCUCAGAUUCGGAAGUGGUUGGACAAACUUAUGUUUAAGGAAGCAUUUGAAUGUAUGAGGAAACUGAGAAUUAAUCUCAAUCUGAUGUAUGAUCAUAACCCUAAGAUGUUUCUUGAAAAUGUGGAAACCUUCAUUAAACAGAUAGAAUCUGUAAAUUAUAUUAAUUUGUUUUUCACAGAAUUGAAGGAAGAAGAUGUCACAAAAACCAUGUACCCUCCACCAGUUACCGGCAGUGUCCAGCUGUCCAGAGAGCCUGAUGAGAAAAAACUAGACCUUAUCUGUGAUGCUAUGAGAGCAGCCAUGGAGAGCAUAAAUCCUCACAAGUACUGCCUAUCGAUACUCACGUCUCACAUCAAGAAAACCACCCCAGAACUAGAAAUUGUGCUGCAGAAGGUACACGAGCUUCAAGUGACAGGAAAACCUCCCUCUGUUCCUGAUGCUGUGAGUGCUGAAGAGGCCUUGAAAUAUUUGUUGCUUCUGGUAGAUGUUAAUGAAUUAUAUGAUCAUUCUCUGGGGACCUAUGACUUUGAUUUGGUCCUCAUGGUGGCUGAGAAGUCACAGAAGGAUCCCAAAGAAUAUCUUCCAUUUCUUAAUACACUUAAGAAAAUGGAAACUAAUUAUCAGCGGUUUACUAUAGACAAAUACUUGAAGCGUUAUGAAAAAGCCAUUGGUCACCUCAGCAAAUGUGGACCCAAAUACUUCCCAGAAUGCUUAAACUUAAUAAAAGAUAAAAAUUUGUAUAAUGAAGCUCUGAAGUUAUAUGCACCAAACUCGCAGCAGUACAAGGAUAUCAGCAUUGCUUAUGGGGAACACUUGAUGCAGGAGCACAUGUACGAGCCAGCGGGGCUCGUGUUUGCCCGAUGCAAUGCCCACGAAAAAGCUCUCUCAGCCUUUCUGACUUGUGGCAGCUGGAAGCAAGCCCUCUGUGUGGCAGCCCAGCUUAACUUGACCAAAGACCAGCUGGCUGGCCUUGCCAGAACUCUGGCAGAAAAGCUAGUUGAGAAGAGGAAGCACGUUGAUGCAGCCAUAGUUUUGGAACAGUAUGCCCAGGAUUAUGAAGAAGCUGUGCUCUUGCUAUUGGAAGGAGCUGCCUGGGAAGAAGCUCUGAGGCUGGUAUACAAAUAUAACAGACUGGAUAUUAUAGAAACCAACAUAAAGCCUUCCAUUUUAGAAGCCCAGAAAAAUUAUAUGGUAUUUUUCGACUCUCAGACAACCAUAUUCAGUCGCCACAAGAAACGUUUAUUGGUGGUUCGAAAGCUCAAAGAGCAAGCACAGCAGGUGAAUCUGGAAGAUGAGGUGCUCCAUGGUCAAGAGUCAGACCUCUUCUCUGAAACGAGCAGCAUUGUGAGUGGCAGUGAGCUGAGUGGCAAAUACUCCCAUAGUAAUUCCAGGAUAUCAGCGAGAUCAUCUAAGAAUCGCCGCAAAGCAGAGCGGAAGAAGCACAGCCUCAAAGAAGGGAGUCCGCUGGAGGAUCUAGCCCUGUUGGAGGCACUGAAUGAAUUGGUACAGAGCACUGAGAAAUUGAAAGAUGAAGUGUACCAUAUUUUAAAGGUACUUUUUCUCUUUGAGUUUGAUGAGCAAGGAAGGGAAUUACAGAAGGCCUUUGAAGAUACUCUGCUGUUGAUGGAAAGGUCACUUCCAGAAAUUUGGACUCCCACUGACCAGCAGAAUUCGGCCACUCCUGUUCUAGGUCCCAAUUCUACUGCAAAUAGUAUCAUGGCCUCUUAUCAACAACAGAAGACUUCGGUUCCUGUUUUUGAUGCUGAGCUUUUUAUACCGCCAAAGAUCAACAAAAAAACCCAGUGGAAACUGAGUCUGCUAGAGUGACUACAAGUUAGGAGGGCUCCAGCAGAGAUGACCGUUUUCCGCUCAGUCCUGGUUGUCCUUCCACCUCUUGCUCUUUGAGACCUGGCUAUCGAGAACUAGGAAGAGUAAGAUGAUGAUUUACCUUAGUAUUGCUGAGAGCUGCUAUGUUCCCCAGACUUCAGCAGAUACCAAGCAAUUCUGUGUUUAUUUUUUGUAUAUGUCUUAAUCAUUAGCAAAAUGUUAAGCUUUAAUCAAUAUAGCAUCAUUUUUGUGAGAAUUACUGUUCUUUUACUUGUGCUGUUUGAGAGCAUAUUUGUGCUAAUUAUGAUAAGGUGUCCUUCCCAGCUACUGGUCUGAUUCAUAUAGGGACCUUGGGCAAGUUCCAGAAUUGAUUUGUACUUCAGUUCUUCAUCUGUUAAUUGGGAAUAAUGUUUCAUGGUUUCUACCUCAAAAGUGUGAAGACAAGUAAAAUAAUUUUCUAAAUUGUACUGGAGGUGAGAGUAUUAUAUAUAAACAACAAGGACUAUUAGAGCUACCAACAUUCGGUCAGAUGUAAUCACUGUUUGCUUCUUUUUACCUUAAACUAAAGCAGAAUAAAAAGUAUCCUUUGAAAUUCUAAGCUUUUCCAUGCUGACAGCUAUUAUUCUGUAACAUCUUACCAGGUCAUGUACUUUCAGUUAUACCUGGGCUGAGACUUCUAUAGUUACACUAUCCAUUGGAACUGUUUUAUCACCAGUGUAUUUUCUGCCAGAGAGUUAGCAAUGUUAGACCUGGAACAGAUUAGAAUUUUUAAGUAGUAUCAUGCAUAUUUGGUAUAGGUGAGCAGUGUGCACUGUAUAGCAUGCAUGGUUAUAAAUUAUCUCUUCUCCAAAUAUUGCUUCCUUUAACUGAAAUGUUUUUGUCAGUGUCUAAGCCAUUUCAUUUAUUUUAUUUAUGGUGCUUAACCGACCCCUGUUUCAUUUAGUUUCUCAAAAGAACUUUCAGUUAUUUUGUUUGGAAGAAAUGAGAAUGUUUUCUCUUGUUGGUGAAUCUAGGAAAAGCCCAGUCAUUCUGAUACCAGUUUUAUGGCUAAUCCUUGGGUAAGGUUAAAAACCUCUCCCAUAUUUUUCUGUCAGACCAGACCUUCAUUACUGUACAUGAACUAACAUUUAAUGCUGCUUUGAAUCCUCAGAGAAUAGAUAUACCCAGAAUUGUAAUUUAAGAUGACUUUCCCUAAUACAGCAAGAUGUUAACUAUAGAAUCUAGGAGUAUUCACUGUAUAAUUCACUUUCCUGUAUGUUUGAAAUUUUUCACAAAAUAAUAGGGU